AGGAGUAGUGUGCAAGGCAGCGAGGAGAGGACACAUAUAAGUGUUAGUAUUGGACUGUGCUCUCAGGUAACGCUAACUUACCCGUGACGUCAGACGGCUCGUCGGCUUGUGUUUCCGGUGUUGUGACAGCCUGGUGUCGUGUUCCGGUCCAAAGGCUCAAACGAAGGACGCCGGACCGGAAAUUGAGCACUUUCAUGUUCGGACCACACGAACAAAGUUGGGCUAGUUAGCUUUAGCCGACGUCCGAACCGAAGCCUCGCCUCGGAACCAGAAGGUCGGCACGGGACGAACCCAACUAAACAACCCUCGAAUGAGUUCCUCUUUCCUGGCUCGGUGCAGUUAGCAGGCUGCUAGGCUGCGCUCGGACACAACAGGAUAACGGUGCCGCCGUCACAACAACAACAACAACAACAACAACUUUCACUUCAAAGUGCGACAUUACGACACUUUUGCGAUAUUGAUCAAGGAGAGGAGGAAGUGAACUGCCGCGUUACAUGCGGGUCGACAUGACGACGGCCUCACCACUCUGACUCCUGCUCGCGCCCCCCUGGCGGACCCCCGGUGGGAAGAAACUGUCCGCCACCAUGGCGCUGGCCUACCAAAAACUGCCCGCUCCGCUGAGGCGCAGCUCGCGCCUCAAAACCCUGACGGCCGCCCUGCUCGCCGCCUACGCCAUCAAGAAACUGUCGCCGUACGCCUGGAGGCAGAUUUGGGGGGGCUCUGCAGUGAAGAAACAAGGCGGGGCUAAACUCCCUGUGGGUGUGGUCAGUGACCCCUCUGUGGACGCCAGCAAACACAAGAGGAGCCACAACAGGUCUCCAUCCGUGAAUAAAGAGUUCAUGGUGCAGCUCGCCGGUCUGUUGAAGUUGUUGUUUCCACGGUUACUUAGUCCCGAGGUGGCCGUGCUUGUCCUGCAUUCCCUCACGCUCAUCUCCAGAACCUUCCUGUCCAUCUAUGUCGCCACCCUGGAUGGCAUGAUCGUCAAGUCCAUCGUGAAGAAGGACCCGCGCGCCUUCGUGCUGCAGCUCCUCAAGUGGCUGCUGGUGGCCGUCCCCGCCACCUUCAUCAACAGCGCCAUCCGCUUCCUGGAGGGUCAGCUGAGCCUGCGCUUCAGAGGCCGCCUGGUCGGCCACGCCUACCAGCUCUACUUCACCAAUCAGACUUACUACAGAGUGAGCAACAUGGACGGCCGCCUGUCCAACCCGGACCAGUCCCUGACGGAGGACAUCGUCAUGUUCUCGGCGUCAGUGGCCCACCUCUACUCCAACCUGACCAAGCCCAUCCUGGACGUGGCGGUCACCGGCUACACGCUGCUGGGCGCCGCCCACUCCAAAGGCGCCAACACCACCUGGCCCUCGGUCAUCGCCGGCCUGGUGGUGGCGCUCACGGCCAAGGUGCUGCGCUCGUGUUCGCCUCGCUUCGGGAAGCUGGUGGCCGAGGAGGCGCGGCGCAAAGGCGACCUGAGGCACAUGCACUCGCGGAUCAUCGCCAACUCGGAGGAGAUCGCCUUCUACGGCGGCCACGCGGUGGAGCUGGCCCAGCUGCAGAGGAGCUACACCUCCUUGUCGCACCAGAUCCAUCAGAUCCUGCUGAAGCGGCUGUGGUACGUCAUGCUGGAGCAGUUCCUCAUGAAGUACGUGUGGAGCGCCUCCGGUCUGGUCAUGGUCGCCGUGCCCAUCAUCACCGCCACCGGAUACUCCCAAUACGACUCGGAGGAGGUAAAGCAGGCGGCCAUGGUGAUGAAGGAGGAGGAGCUUGUGAGCGAGAGGACGCAAGCCUUCACGACCGCCAGGAACCUGCUCAACGCCGCCGCCGACGCCGUGGAGAGGAUCAUGAGCUCCUACAAAGAGGUCACAGAGCUGGCAGGAUACACGGCUCGUGUCUCCCAGAUGCUGAACGUCUUCGAGGACGUCAAGGAAGGCGUCUACCAGCGCUCCUCGGACGGGGAGCGGGAGGAGCCAGCAGGGGGCGCCGUGGUGCAGCACGGCCAAAGAGUCUGCGGUCAUCUGGGCAUGAGAGGUCAGGUGAUCAGCGUGGAGAAGGGGAUUCGUUGUGAGAACCUGCCAAUCAUCACACCCACAGGAGACGUGGUGGUGUCCUGCCUCAACAUCCAGGUGGACGAGGACAUGGACGUGUUGAUCACGGGACCAAACGGAUGCGGCAAAAGUUCAUUGUUCAGAAUCCUCAGCGGCCUGUGGCCCGUCUAUGGAGGUGUACUGUACCGACCAGAACCUCACCACAUGUUCUACAUACCACAAAGGCCUUACAUGUCUGAAGGGACUCUGAGGGAUCAGGUGAUCUAUCCAGACUCUGUGGAGCAGAUGGUCCAGAAAGGACUGACGGACGCUUGUUUGGAGGAGAUCCUUCGCACUGUGCACCUUCUCUACAUCCUGGACAGGGAGGGAGGUUGGGAGUCGGUGAGUGACUGGAAGGACGUCCUGUCGGGCGGCGAGAAGCAGCGCAUGGGAAUGGCUCGCAUGUUCUACCACAAGCCCAGGUACGCCCUGCUGGACGAGUGCACCAGCGCCGUGAGCAUCGACGUGGAGGGACGCAUCUUCCAGGCCACAAAGGAUGCUGGGAUAUCGCUGCUGUCCAUCACGCACAGACCCUCCCUCUGGAAGUACCACUCUCACAUCCUGCAGUUCGACGGCGAAGGCGGUUGGCGUUUUGAGCGUCUGGACGCCUCCACUCGGAUGUCGCUGCAGGAAGAGAAGCGGCGCCUGGAGAGUCAGCUGUCCGGAAUCCCCAAGAUGCAACAGCGUCUGUCCGAGCUCUGCAUCCUGCUGGGGGAGGGGAAGGGGGAGGCGCCGGCCGACCACGACACGCCCCCAUCCUGAGACACGCCCUGCAAAGCAUGAUGGCGUCUUCACCGUCGCCUGGGGUCAGAGGUCAGGACAUCAAGAGAAGGAAUUUUUUUAUUCCCAAUCGUGCCAAUUUUAAUCUUUUUAAAGACAAUUCUAUUUUUCUCCAACGACGACGAUGUCAUAGAAAAGAUAAGUUAGCUCGGUGCUUCUCAGAUAGCAGGACUGAUAUGGAAGUGGUGGGGGGGCAUGAGAGACAAAUAGACAUUCACUUCAAGGGGGGCGUGAAAAAAUUCUGUACCCUAGAAAAUGUUUACAAAUUCUAAACAGACCCUUUAAUACAGUGCUUCUUAGACAGUGGGGCGGGGCCCCAUUGGAGGGGCGUGAGAGGCUAUAGAAUAUAUCUUGACACAUACAUUACAUAUACAUAAAUAAACAUUUCAAUUUUUUACGGGAGCAAAUUUUAAAUAUCCCCUUUAACGCAGUGCUUAUUAAAUAGGGGGGCGUGAGAGGUAAUAGCGUAUAUCUUGACACAUACAGAUAGAUCAAUAAAUAGACAUUCACUUCGGGGUGGGGCGUGAAAAGAUCCUGUCCCCUAGAAAAUGACAUAAGGAGGUUCCAAACAGACCCUUGUUUGCAGUGAGUCUUAGAUAGUGGGGCAGGGCCCCUUGGGGGGCGUGAGAGGUAAUAGCGUAUAUAUUUACAUAUACAUAUGGAUAAAUGAAUAGAAAUUCACUUCAGGGGGGCGUGAAAAAAUUCUGUCCCCUUAGAAAAAUUGAACGCGAGCAAGUUUUAAAUUUCGCCUUUAACGCAAUGCUUAUUAAAUAGUGGGGCGGAUCUCCCCGGGGGGCGUGAGAGGUAAUAGCGUAUAUAUUUACAUAUACAUAUGGAUAAAUGAAUAGAAAUUCACUUCAGGGGGGCGUGAAAAAAUUCUGUCCCCUUAGAAAAAUUGAACGCGAGCAAGUUUUAAAUUUCGCCUUUAACGCAAUGCUUAUUAAAUAGUGGGGCGGAUCUCCCCGGGGGGCGUGAGAGGUAAUAGCGUACAUCUUGACAUAUACAGACAAAUAGACAUUCACUUCAAGGGGGGCGUGAAAAAAUUCUGCACCCUACAAAAUUUUUGCAAAUUCUAAACAGACCCUUUAAUACAGUGCUUCUUAGAUAGUGGGGCGGGGCCCCAUUGGAGGGGGCGUGAGAGGCUAUAGCAUAUAUCUUGACACAUACAGUACAUAUACAUAAAUAAACAUUUCAAUUUUUUACGGGAGCAAAUUUUAAAUAUCCCCUUUAACGCAGUGCUUAUUAAAUAGGGGGGCGUGAGAGGUAAUAGCGUAUAUCUUGACACAUACAGAUAGAUCAAUAAAUAGACAUUCACUUCGGGGUGGGGCGUGAAAAGAUCCUGUCCCCUAGAAAAUGACAUAAGGAGGUUCCAAACAGACCCUUGUUUGCAGUGAGUCUUAGAUAGUGGGGCAGGGCCCCUUGGGGGGCGUGAGAGGUAAUAGCGUAUAUAUUUACAUAUACAUAUGGAUAAAUGAAUAGAAAUUCACUUCAGGGGGGCGUGAAAAAAUUCUGUCCCCUUAGAAAAAUUGAACGCGAGCAAGUUUUAAAUUUCGCCUUUAACGCAAUGCUUAUUAAAUAGUGGGGCGGAUCUCCCCGGGGGGCGUGAGAGGUAAUAGCGUAUAUAUUUACAUAUACAUAUGGAUAAAUGAAUAGAAAUUCACUUCAGGGGGGCGUGAAAAAAUUCUGUCCCCUUAGAAAAAUUGAACGCGAGCAAGUUUUAAAUUUCGCCUUUAACGCAAUGCUUAUUAAAUAGUGGGGUGGAUCUCCCCGGGGGGCGUGAGAGGUAAUAGCGUACAUCUUGACAUAUACAGACAAAUAGACAUUCACUUCAAGGGGGGCGUGAAAAAAUUCUGCACCCUACAAAAUUUUUGCAAAUUCUAAACAGACCCUUUAAUACAGUGCUUCUUAGAUAGUGGGGCGGGGCCCCAUUGGAGGGGGCGUGAGAGGCUAUAGCAUAUAUCUUGACACAUACAGUACAUAUACAUAAAUAAACAUUUCAAUUUUUUACGGGAGCAAAUUUUAAAUAUCCCCUUUAACGCAGUGCUUAUUAAAUAGGGGGGCGUGAGAGGUAAUAGCGUAUAUCUUGACACAUACA